UUUGCGUCCAUCUUUAAUGUCCAGCAUUGAGGAGACUGACGAGAAGAAAAAAAAUAGUGCAAAUUGACUUUUGGAAGAUUUCGGUCGCGACUUUAUAUUUUUAAACGAAUAUCGCAUAUAUUUGCAGACAUAAGUGACAGAAGGUAUGAAGACAGUAUCAUAGCGAAGCCAUGGCUGACAAGAGAAAACUCCAAGGUGAAAUAGAUCGGUGCUUAAAAAAAGUCGCAGAAGGUGUGGAGCAGUUUGAAGACAUCUGGCAAAAGCUUCACAAUGCAGCAAACGCCAACCAGAAGGAGAAAUACGAGGCUGAUCUCAAGAAAGAGAUUAAAAAGCUUCAGCGACUACGAGACCAGAUCAAAACAUGGGUGGCAUCCAACGAGAUCAAAGAUAAACGGCAGCUAGUGGAAAACCGAAAACUUAUCGAAACGCAAAUGGAGCGCUUCAAAGUUGUCGAGAGGGAGACCAAGACAAAGGCGUAUUCUAAAGAAGGGCUCGGCUUGGCUCAGAAGGUGGACCCAGCACAGAAGGAGAAAGAGGAGACAGAGCAGUGGCUGACGAACACAAUAGACACACUAAACAUGCAAGUGGACCAGUUUGAGAGUGAAGUGGAGUCUCUCUCUGUUCAAACAAGAAAGAAAAAGGGAGACAAAGAGAAACAGGAUCGUAUUGAGGAACUGAAAAGGUUGAUUGAGAGACACCGCUACCACAUUCGCAUGCUGGAGACCAUCCUGAGAAUGCUGGACAACGACUCUGUGCAGGUCGAGGCCAUCCAUAAGAUCAAAGAUGAUGUGGAAUACUACAUCGACUCCUCGCAAGACCCUGAUUUUGAGGAGAAUGAGUUCAUCUAUGAUGAUCUGGACUUGGAAGACAUACCGCCGUCUCUGAUGGCCACCUCUCCGCAGGGACACAACGAUGAGGAGAUGUUUCUCCAGUCCAGCAGCACUCCCACCUCCACCACCUCGUCGUCGCCCAUCCCUCCGUCUCCUGCCACGGGCACCACCGAGAACUCUGAAGAGGAGAAAAAGAGAGGGCGAUCUACAGACAGUGAAGUUAGUCAGUCUCCUGUGAAGAACGGCAAUCCUUCUCUCUCCUCUUUCUCCUCAUCCACGUCCUCAGGGUUUUCCUCCUCAUCCUCCCUCAUAUCCAUGGCUACUGUUGUUGGUGGUGGCACAACAGCAGUCUCUGGGGGUGGUGGCCUCCUGGGAAGCUUCAGCAGUGCGGUGCAGCAGCACCCCCCACAGUCUCAGCAGCAGCAGGUGCAAGCCAAGCUUUCGUCCUCCUCCGGGCCGUCCAACAAUGCCCCCAGCCCACCAAGCCACCCUAAUCUGCCUACCCCCACCACCCCCUCUUUGCCCAGCUCCAGCACCCCGGGCCUGGCCACCUCCAGUUCCCAGUCUCAAGCCUCCACAGUGCUUAGCACUGGUGGAUCAGGCCUGAAUCUAGGCUUGGGACUGAGCCUGGUGAAAGGGGGUGUGACUGUGACCAGCAGCAGCAACAGCAGCAGUGUGGCUCAGAUGUCUGGGCUUGGCUUGGCAGGGAUGCCCAGCUCACACAGCACCAUGGCAGGCCUUUUGUCCGGCUCAACUCCUGCUCCGUACGCCCAGGCGGCGGCGGGUGGCACCACAAGCAGCGCCCCCGGUGGACCUGUGGGGAAUAGCAGCAGCAGUGGGAGUGCAGCAGUGGCAGUAGGAGGAACGGGGGUAAGCUCAGGUGCACCCACUAAUGGCACAAGUGCAGGGGCAGGGUUGGGGCUGCUGGGCUCCAGUCCUGGUCAUGGGGGUCUCAGUGGGGGCAUUCUGAGUCUGGUUCCUGGGCAGACACCACUUCAGGGGCCCACUCAGGUACCCAUGAGCCCUGUAGGCACAGUGCCAGGAGGAUCAGCAGGUGUUGGGGUAUCAGGAGGAAACGGAAGUAGUGCAGCACCAGGAGGAGGUGUCGGGGGUAACAUGGCUCCUGCUAGACCACCCAGUGUUGUAAAACAGAACGGAGGAACAAACCCUCUAGCUUACAGCGCAGUGGUAGCAGAGAGCAGCUCGGAUUCCUCUCUCAGCAGUGCCAGCCAAUCCCAAAACAGCCAGCCUUCCUCCACCAGCUCGUCAGCGAAUCAAACUCUGGAUAAUGGCCCUAGUCUACUGAGCUCCAUCACUCUGCCCCCCUCCUCCCAGUCGCCGUCCUUUUCAGACAGCACCCCUGGUGGCGGGAGUCUGCUCAACGGGCCACACUCCUACACACCCAGCACAGAGGCCAUAAAGGCUCCAGAGCCUCUGAGCUCUCUGAAAGCAAUGGCUGAAAGGGCAGCUCUGGGAUCAGGCCUGGAUGGAGAAAUCCCAUCGCUUCAUCUGACCGAUCGAGACCUGUUUUCUGGGACCUCAGCCACUCCUGGACCCCCAGCAGCCCCCCAACCUGCUGUGACUGAGGUUAAUCUCCCACCCUCCCUGGGGGCAUGUCCUCUUGGCCCUACCCCUCUCUCCAAAGAUCAGCUCUACCAGCAAGCAAUGCAGGAGGCGGCCUGGACACACAUGCCCCAUCCGUCCGACUCUGAGAGGAUCAGGCAGUACUUGAUGAGGAACCCCUGUCCAACUCCACCCUUCCACCACCAGAUGCCCCCCCACCACUCAGACUCCAUAGAGUUCUACCAGAGACUGUCCACUGAAACACUCUUCUUCAUUUUCUACUACCUGGAGGGCACAAAGGCACAGUAUCUGUCUGCUAAAGCCUUGAAGAAGCAGUCGUGGAGGUUCCAUACUAAGUACAUGAUGUGGUUCCAGAGGCAUGAGGAACCCAAGACCAUCACUGAUGAGUUUGAACAGGGCACUUACAUUUACUUUGACUAUGAAAAGUGGGGCCAGAGGAAGAAGGAGGGUUUCACAUUCGAGUACAGAUAUCUGGAGGAUAGAGACCUGCAGUGACAGACAGAUGAACAGGCGGAGAGAAAGACAGACAGAAAUUGCUACGACAACUGCUGCUGUUGACAUUCCAAGGUUGAACUCCAUGUCGUGGUUAGAGUUGGAUGUAAUGUAGGCCUUUUUCUUUAAAAGAGAGAGUGCAAGCAAGCGAGAGAUGGAGAGAAGGGGUCGAGUGCCUGUUUACAUGCAAACAUUUUAAACCUUCUGUUCAGUUCCCCUGCCCCCCUUAUUUCUGUUUUAAUUAAACCCCCCCUUUAUCACCUAACUAAGGAGGAAAAAGGAAAUUAAUGAUUGGAAGUUGAGAAAUACAGACAAACACAACCUAUGUAGAUUCUUCAGUGGAGUGCUGUGGUAGCCAGUAUUAGAAAGCCUCAACCUUUUAGAUACUCGGAUGGAUAAACAGGCACUAUGCGAGCUCUUAUCUAAUGCAUUUAUGAUUAGUAGUUGAUCUAGGCCCCUCGGGGAGAGUAGGCAUUGUGAUUUUUGCCUUGCGAGAUAACGAGUCGACAAUUAAAUUGCUAUGCAAUUGAACUCUUCUCGGCCUCCCUCCUUGUACCACCACCUGAACGUGGUUUUAUUAGACCGUAACAGAUGGCGUUGAUAUUAAAGUAUUGUUUUUGUAGCAUCUAUCUCGAGUGUAAUUCGCAAGUAGAAGGGCUCGAGUUGUCGGCCAGAUGACUUGCGUGUGAUUUGUGUCUGUUUAAUAAUAUGGCAUGAACGAUCUCACUUAAAUAUCUAAUAAAAGAGAAAUAUUAAAAAUAUGUAAAGUUCAAAGCUUUAUAUUUUGUUUCUUUUAGGUUGUUUGUGGCUUUUUUUGUCAUGUGGAAGUACUAGAGCACCAAGAAAUCUUUUCCCAGCCCUAUACGUUUUCCAUCCUCCAAAGCUUCCUUUUGCAAAUUCCUGUUCCCUGUUUUUUGGUCAGUUUUCACUGAAGAAUCAUUGUUCCCAGGUCGUCAAUGUUUUGCUAAAUGCUUUUUAUCCUGAAAGCACAUCCUAAAUUACUUUCAUUUCAUUUUCCAUUCAUUUCUUUUUGUUUUAAAGAGGGGAAAGAGUAACUGUGUAUUCAACGGCUAAAGCUACAAUAACCAUGAGAAUUUGGAAAAAAAAAUUCAGCACAAGGACUGAACACGUGCAGCUGAUCUGUGAAUUUUUCUCCAGAAAAAGAAAAAGGAAAAAAAAAUGAUGUAUAAAUUAAUUUCUCAUCCUUGCCUUUUGGACAUUGUCAGGACAUGACACGUGCCCUUUAGUAAGGCUGAGAGGGGGGGAGAUUGUAAAAUUUCAAUAAAAUAAUUUUGUGAACCAGA